AUGGACACGCAGCGACCAAGCUCUCAGAAGCUCCCCGCGGGAUUGGCUGGUGUUUUGAACCCGGACGAGAACCGCGACUCGGCUUAUUUUUCCUGUACAGAUGCCUCGAGCAAGCACAACUCAACCGCCUCAGGCAUGGGCACCAAUGUCCUCAGUCCCACCGGCUCCAGCUACCAAUCUUCGCUGGCGGAUAAGACACCCUCACCUGUCACCGCAAACAUGGUUCCUCAGCCGCUGGUGUCCCCUGCCCAAAGCAACAUGAGCGUUGCUUCGAUGGUGUCGCCAACUGUCAACGGCACUGACCCGCGUCGAGUCGAGCGCCCGACGUCAUUGGACUCCGGUAUGGCCCACGACUUGAUGGGUCCCGGGUCUCGCAGAGAGAGCGUCGACAGUAGAAUAAACCAGAACUUUCACGACAUGAGAUUGGGCGGCAACUCCCCGUACGCAAGCCACAAUCAAUCGACAACCUCGAUCCAGAACACCCUUAACCAGCAACGCAACCCCCGUAAUGGCCUCGACAACCUUUCUGUCCACCGCAUCUCCAACGGAUACCAACCGAGCAACGACAGGAACCCCGAGAACCCCAAGAUCAUUCGGACUGCUCCAGCCAUCACCGGUCCCGCGACGAGUAAUAUUGCGAGAGCGGCGGAGCCCACAAAGGGUCAGGCAUGGGCGUUUCCCGAGGAGGACAUACAGCGGAUCGGCCCCAAUGACGCGUACCUCGACUCCAGGCGAAGCAGCAUUGCUGAGUCAAUAGCCAGCAGCCAGUUUACAACGGAAUCGAGACUGCCCCCCGGCCAGAGGCGCCUGGACGAGCCUGCUGACUUCAAUAACCGUCUGUCAAGCACAUCUUCCGAGUUUCCUCCCGUUCACCAUCAUUCGUUACAACACAAGCAAAUCGGGGACCUGCGCGAUGACGAUGCGGCCUCGCGUAAUGGCUCCCAGCCGUACAGUCGGACACCCGAGCUGCGUAAAAGCCAUAAGCUGGCGGAGCGGAAGAGAAGGACGGAAAUGAAGGAGUUGUUUGAUCAGCUGCGCGACCUGAUGCCACAGGAGCGCGGUUCCAAGGCAUCCAAGUGGGAAAUUCUUACCAAAGCAAUCUCGGAGCAUCAGCGAAUGGCUGAGGUCAUGCGGAUCGUACAGUCGCAAAACACGACGCUCGCCCAGGAGAACGACGGUCUUCGACAGGAUAACCACAACCUGCGCGUCGACAUUCAACGUAUGCAAAACGAGUUGCACAGCCUGCGGCUACAGCAAUCUCCGACAGGCCAGGCCCCAGCUCAGUCGCAAGCCGCCCCUCCGCCGCCGCCCUCGGCUGCCUACCAAACAGAUCCGUAUGCGAGUCGUCGUGAGCUGCCACCUAUUCGGGGCUUGAACGGCAACAUGCCCAACGGGCCCGACUCGAUGACUGGCGUUCAAUACGAAGCCCCGAGGGUUAACGGGUACCGUGCUGAAAGAUACUGA